AAGUGGGAGGUUUUUAGUAACCAUAUUUUCAUUCCUAUUUUCUCCAUUUAACUAUGAAACACUAAAUUAUUUAGUGAUAAGCUGAUCACUAUCACUUAGAAUUCAAGAAAGAAAAUGUGGAGGCUUAAGAUAGGGGAAGGUGGCAACGAUCCUUACCUUCACAGUACCAACAAUUUUCUGGGAAGACAAACAUGGAAGUUUGAUCCAAAUGCAGGCACAGAUGAAGAACGAGCUGAGGUUGAAGAAGCUCGUCUUAACUUCUACAACAAUCGGUUCAAUGUUCAGCCUAGUUCUGAUCUCCUAUGGCAAUUGCAGUUUCUAAGAGAAAAAAAGAUGAAACAAACCAUUCCCCAAUCGAAGAUAGAGGAUGGUGAAGAAGUUACAUAUGAAGCUACAACUGCAGCAGUGAAGAGAAGUGCGCACUUAUUUUCAGCUCUACAAUCAAUACAUGGCCACUGGCCAGCUGAGAAUGCUGGCCCCAUGUUUUAUUUUCCUCCUUUGGUCAUGUCUUUAUAUAUCACAGGACAUCUCAAUACUAUAUUCUCUGCAGAACAUCGCAAUGAAAUUCUCCGUUACAUUUAUUGUCAUCAGAAUGAGGAUGGAGGAUGGGGAUUAUACAUAGGGGGUCACAGCACAAUGUUUUGCACAGCUCUCAACUACAUUUGUAUGCGUUUAUUGGGAGUAGGACCUGAUGGUGGCCUCAAUAAUGCUUGUGAGAGAGGCCGAAAAUGGAUUCUUGAUCAUGGGGGUGUCACUACUAUUUCUUCUUGGGGGAAAACUUGGCUUUCGAUACUGGGUGUUCAUGAAUGGUCAGGCUGCCAUCCAAUGCCCCCGGAGUUUUGGCUCUUUCCUGCUUAUUUUCCCGUUCAUCCAGCAAAGAUGUUUUGUUACUGCCGAUUAACGUACAUGCCAAUGUCGUAUUUGUAUGGAAGAAAAUUUGUGGGUCCAAUCACACCUCUAAUUUCACAAUUAAGAGAAGAAAUCCACAUUGAACCAUAUAAUGAAAUUGAUUGGAGUACAAAGCGACAUUUAUGUGCAAAGGAAGAUCUUCAUUACCCUCAUACAUGGCUUCAAAUAUUGCUUUGGGAUAGUCUUUACAGAUUUUCAGAGCCUCUCCUUAAUUGUUGGCCCUUUAAUAAGUUACGAGAAAAAGCUCUUAAAGUAACAAUGGAUCUCAUUCAUUAUGAAGACGAAAGCAGUAAAUAUAUUACUAUUGGAUGUGUGGAAAAGCCUUUAUGUAUGCUAGCUUGUUGGGUUGAAGAUCCAAAUGGAAUUCACUUUAAGAAGCAUCUUUCUAGGGUUGAUGACUAUGUUUGGGUUGGAGAAGAUGGAAUAAAGAUGCAGAACUUUGGAAGUCAAGUUUGGGAUGCUAGUCUGGUUCUCCAAGCUAUGCUUGCUAGCAAUUUAUCUAAUGAAAUUGGACCUACAUUGAUGAAGGGGCAUAGUUUCUUAAAGAACUCACAGGUUAGGGAUGAUCCUCCAGGAGAUUUUAAAAAAAUGUUUAGACACAUUUCUAAAGGAUCAUGGACGUUCUCUGAUCGUGAUCAUGGAUGGCAAGUUUCUGAUUGUACUGCAGAAAGUUUAAAGUGUUGCCUAUAUUUUUCAAUGAUGGCACCUGAAAUGGUAGGUGAGAAAAUGGAAAGAGAGCAUGUCUAUGAUGCUGUCAAUGUUCUUCUAUCUUUACAGAGCAAAAAUGGAGGUUUUUCAGCUUGGGAACCAGUAGGAGGUGGAUUCUGGUGGGAGUGGCUGAAUCCAGUCGAGUUUCUAGAGGAUCUAGUUAAAGAACAUGAGUAUGUAGAGUGCACUUCAUCUUCAAUCCAGGCACUAGUUCUUUUCAAGAAAUUAUACCCAGGGCAUAGAGAACAAGAGAUUGAAAUUUGCAUCAGAAAAGCUGAAAAGUUCAUGGAAGAUAUACAAUACCCUGAUGGUUCUUGGUACGGAUGUUGGGGAAUAUGCUUCUUUUAUGGGACAUGGUUUGCACUCUUAGGUCUUAAAGCUGCUGGGAAGAACUUCGAAAAUUGCUUGGCUAUUCGGGAAGGAGUUGAUUUUUUGCUUAAAACCCAAAGAGAAGAUAGUGGCUGGGGAGAGAGUUACCUUUCUUGUCCCAAAAAGGCUGAGAGGGAUCCUAUAUCUCGACAUCGAGCUGCAAAAUUGUUGAUAAAUUCUCAGUUGCCAAACGGUGAUUUUCCUCAGAAGGGAAUGGCUGGAGUCUUUAUGAGGAACUGUAUGUUACACUAUGCAUUAUAUAGAAAUGAUUUUCCACUGUGGGCGCUGGCUGAGUAUCGCAACCAUGUUUGGCCUUCAAAAUAUAUAUGCUUUUGAAUCAUAAGGAUGGAUCAGAGAAUUAUGUAUAAUAGAUUGGUUAACCUACGAUCUGAGUAAAAAUAAUGAUGUAAUAAGUUUCUUGAAAACUGGCAUAAAAAUCAGAUGUAGCUUCGAUUGGAAUCUAAGGUUGAAGGGUAGAUGUUAUAGUAUCUUGGAUUCAAACUUCAAUAUAUGUGUGUGUUUUUUCUGAAUUUUAUGUAAAAAGUAAAAAUACUCUUAAAUAAUGUUUAUUACUUUGAAAAAAAUAAUCUUUUAAUAA